AUGUCAUCCACACACCCGUGGCCCAAUCUCACCAAGACGACGCACCGCACCGAGUACGCGGCCAUCUCGCCGCUCAACCCGGCCAACUCGCACGCGGGCAAGACGGUCGUCGUCACGGCCGGCGCGACGGGCGUCGGCCUGUUCAUCUCGCGCGGCUUCCUGCGCGCGGGGGCCCGCACCGUCGUCCUGCUCGCGCGGCGCGAGGCCGUGCUGGCCGAGGCGGCGGCGGGGCUGCGCGACGAGUUUGGCGAAAAGAGUAGUGACGGAGCCGUCGACAAGGUGCUGACCUACGCCGUGGACAUCACCGACGAGGACCGCGUCAACGACGUCUUCGCGGACGUCCGGCGGCGCAUCAACAGCGGCGACGACAAUGACGAUGGGAAGAAGGUAGAGUUGCGCCGUGACAUCGACAUCCUCGUCCUCUCGGCCGCGUACGUCGACCACGGCCUCCCCGUGCUGGGCUACACCCAGCAGUCGCUGCGCGCCUCGUUCGAGACCAACGUUCUCGGCAACCUCAACGCCGUGCGUGCCUUCGUGCCCGAGGCCGCGUACAUGCCCGUGGCCGACAUGAGCGGCGAGGUGCGCGCGCCCGUCCGCACAGCACCACCACCAGCCUCGUCCUCCCCCUCCACCACCUCCUCCUCCGACCGCGUCAUCAUCGCCAUCGCCGACGUCAUGUCCUACACCCUCUUCCCAACGCAGUCGCUCUACGGCGCCUCCAAGCUGCCCUUCCACACCUUCAUGCUGCGCCACCUCGACACCGAGCUGCGCCAACUCUCCUCCACUACCACCUUUCGCCCCGUCCGCGCGCACGCCCUCCACCCGGGCGCCCUGCUCACGCCCGCCGGGGUCGACAUCGGCUUCACCGAGCAGAUGUUCCCCUGGGACGACCCCUCGCUGCCCGGCGGCUUCGCCACGUGGCUGGCGAGCGACGCCGGACGCUUUCUGCGCGGACGGUUCGUGCACGCGACGUGGGAUGUCGACGAGUUGGUGGGGAUGCGGGGGAGGUUUGAGGAGGAUGCGGAUUUGGCGGAGGUGGUGUUGAAGGUUUGA